GUCGCAUAUAUGAUCCUCGUGCUCCUUUAGUCUGGUUUGUGUUUUCUCGGGCGGCGCCUUUCUGAACUUUGAGAAGUGACACUCAAGACCGUCUGCAAUCAUGGAGUGGAAACCUAUGGAAAUAAACCCCGAGAUGCUGAAUAAGGUGUUAAGUAAGUUGGGUGUGGGCUCGAGUUGGCGUUUUGUGGAUGUUUUGGGUCUGGAAGAUGAGUCUUUGUCAGGGGUGCCCUCACCCUGCUGUGCCAUGAUGCUGCUCUUCCCUUUAACGCAACAGCAUGAGGAUUUUCGUUCCAAACAGUCUGUUGACGACUCUAAAAGUGUAUAUUUUCUGAAACAAACUGUGGUCAACUCUUGUGGAACUGUGGGUUUGGUACAUGCCGUGGCCAACAACCAGGACAGUAUUGAUUUUGACAGUGACUCUGCACUGAAGAAGUUUCUCGAAGCCACCUCAGGGAUGUCUGCCGCAGAAAGAGCCAAAGAACUUGAACAAAAUAAGACCAUCCAGGAAACUCAUGAUGCAGUUGCUGAUGAAGGACAGUGUCGGCCAGAGGCAGACGAAGUCAACUUCCAUUUCAUUACAUUUGUCAAUGUAAAUGGUCAGCUUUAUGAGCUGGAUGGCAGAAUGGAUGGACCUGUGAAUCAUGGACCUACAAAACCAGAAAGCUUUGUCAUGGAUGUGGCAAGGGUGUGCCGUGAGUUUAUGGAGCGAGAGAAAGGGGAGGUGCGUUUCUCUGCUGUGGCUCUCUCCAAAGCUUGAGAGGAGCCAGACAACUUAGCCUGAACCAUGAGCAGUUUCGGAAAACCCUUCAUGCACUUACUAUACACUUACUAUACAGAGCACAUAAUCCAAACCUAUACCAUCCCUUGAUACAUGCUACACAAACUGCCUGCCUGUCUGACUGUGAAUUACUGUAAUUUCUCAUUUCUAAUUUAUUUUAUUUUGUCUCCUUAUCAAUCUACAACUACUAUGCUCUUUGUAAACAUCAGUAUUUAUUUUUAGCUUUUGUUGAUGUACCUUAUUUAGUUCUAGUUCUAAUAUUUUUGGGCACUUUUUUGAUGGGAGCAACAAUUAGCAGAAAUUAAAUGUGAACUCCUAAGCCUGGAGGCGUAUGUUGAAAAUAAACAAAACCGAGAAGGGUAAUUUGC